CACUUACCAAAUGUCAACUUUGUGAAAUGGAAAACAUAUGACUUCCGUGAAUCUAAAUGUAAUUAAAUAUUUGUGCUAAAUUUGUGUAUAUACAGAAAAUAAAUUGUGAAUACGAUGAUACGCGAAGAUGACCCACAAUUUCGUAUCACACCAAUACAACAAAUGGCAUCGGCUUGUUCUGGUGCCUUGAUAACUUCAUUAUUCAUGACACCAUUGGAUGUUGUUAAAAUAAGGCUUCAAGCCCAGCAAAAGGCAUUAUUAUCAAAUAAAUGUUAUUUGUAUUGUAAUGGAUUGAUGGAACAUCUCUGUCCAUGUGGUGAAACUGCUUGGAUACCCAGACGAGUACACUUUCAUGGUACAUUUGAUGCAUUCUACAAAAUAGCAAAAUUGGAAGGUGUCCCAGCUUUGUGGUCAGGUUUGAGCCCAACCCUAGUAUUGGCAUUGCCAUGUACAGUAGUAUAUUUUGUAAGCUAUGAACAGCUUCGGUUUAAAACUAAAACUUUAUAUAAUAAAUGGACAGAUACUGUGCAUCAACCAAUGUGGAUACCUUUGUUUGCUGGUGCCACAGCAAGAACUAUAGCUGUAACAACAUUUAGUCCAUUGGAACUUAUUAGAACUAAAAUGCAAUCGAAAAAAUUAACAUAUUCAGAAAUCACCACAGCUUUACGUCAAGUUAUUAAGUAUGAAGGGUACAGGGGACUAUUUCGUGGUUUAGGUUCAACAUUACUUAGGGAUGUGCCAUUCUCAGGCAUAUAUUGGACAACAUUUGAAACAACUAAACGAAUAUUUAAUAAGCCAGAUUCGGAGAAGAACUCAUUUCUCUUUAACUUCUUCUGUGGUUCAGUAGCAGGCAGCAUUGCUGCAUUCAUCACACUACCUUUUGACGUAGUCAAAACACAUCAGCAAAUAGAACUUGGAGAAAAGGAAAUUUAUACAGAUGGGAAAAUACAACAGAGAGCCUCGAAUAUGCAGAAUAUUGUGAAGAAUAUAUAUAGCAAUCAUGGUUUUAAAGGCUUGUUCACUGGUUUGUUGCCAAGAAUAUUUAAAGUAGCACCAGCAUGUGCUAUUAUGAUUGCAACCUUUGAAUAUGGAAAACAAUUCUUCCAAAAGUACAACACGCAGAAGUAUAAAGAAUCAUUACAAAGAAAAGGAAUUGAAGUAACAAUAGUAAAAAGUGACUAGCAUGAAAUUGAACUACACUUAGAGUGUAAUUGUUUUAAUUGGAUUUAUUGAAUGACAUCAAGAGAUUGUUAUAAUAGGCAACCAUAAUAACAAUGACUACUCUUAAAAUCAAGAAAAUAGACGAAAAAAUUGUAUGAACAUCUAAAGCCAAAAAGAGAACAACGGAAAAUAUUUCAUAUGAUUGAAAAAUAAUUGUUUGUUUUUUCGAAUUGACAAUUAUGUAGAAAUAUUAUUGAAAUGUGAUACUAUAAUAAUUAUUUUAAGACAUGUUACCAUAUCCACAAUAUUUCGUUGCUUUCAUUUUUCAUCAACUUUAUUGUACCAUUGACUGACUUCAUAGUCAAAAUAACUAUGGAAAUGGAGAACCUAUUAAAUCUAGGAAAUACAUGAAAUUUCUUGGAUGUUGUGUAAAGUAUUUGGAUUUUUUGGGUUGGAUUGUUCUUAGAUGUUUAAAUGUGUUCAUAUACAUUAAUAUAGGACAGGUUGUAAAGCUCACAUGAGUAUGGUGUGGUAUAGUAAUUAAAAUUAUAAAAUGCUUAGUAAUAUUUUCUAAGUAGUCAACAAUUGAUAUGUUUAUUUAUAUUUGUUUUUAUUUUUUAAUUGAAAAGGUAUUACAAUAUUGUAAAAAAAACUUGUUAAAUAAUCUUUUAUCCCCUCAUUAUUAUGGGUUGAUUGUUUACCAGUAAUUGUUUUACAUUUUCUAGAUAUUCCCUACAUAUCUAGAUACCAUUUUUAAUAAAUUUGAUACUCCUAUUUGUUAUGUGGGUAAUGUAUAUAGUACAAUCCUGUUUGCAAAGAGAUUUGUGAACAAUAAAUGGAGAAGAAAAUAUUUA